AUGGCUGACCCAUCCUUAGAAAUAUGUCCCGACUUUGCUAGAGACUUAUAUGCCAGGAUACGAGAUGACCUAGUUGCAGCCACUGGCGCUGAACCCCAAGCGGUCAUUGAUCGCCUGAUAGGAACAUGGACAGAAGGCCACCAGGCCAGAGUCCUCAAAUGGAACCAACAGCGAGAAGAAGAGGCCCGGGCUGAAGCCGAAAUAGAGCAAGCACAGGCAGAAAGAGUCAAAGAAGAACGACUAGCAAAAGAAGCAGAAACCGAGAAAGAACACCUAGACUCAGAGAAGAAGAAACCAAAAAUGAAUGGGUUCAAUGCAACCCCAACCGUUGGUGAUGCCAUUGCCCCUCAUCCUUCCCAGUACGCUAUUCAGAAACUGAACAACUUUGAAUAUGUAGAGCUAUGGUACUUUUCACCCAACAGAUGCAAGGAGGCCAUGAAAACAGCCCAGUCCAUCACUGAUGACACUUUCAGCCUAGCAAAACUCGAUGACCAGCUAACCAUCCAUCCAGCAUUGGCAUUCAAGGCAUCCAGAGCAGCCAUCCCAGACCAUGACUUACCUUUCUCCAUCUUCCUGCGAGCUAAGAACUCAUUCCUGACCCACACAAGUACUGCAAAGUGGCCCCAAGCACACCUUGAUGCCCUAGCCCUAUUCUAUUGGCACCUCAAGAACCACGCCAUACAGGACAACAGUGAGUUAGGUGACAUGGUCAUCUUACACUAUGCAUCUCGGGUGCGGCUUGACUGGCACGAUCACCUCAAACGAAAUGAAGGCUUUAACAUCAGAAUCAUCAAUGAGACCUUAAUGCAGUCGAUAAAUGAAGAGAUGUGGAAUUGCGUACGCUCAAGAGCACUGAACCCAGUAUGUCCAGGUCAACUUGACCCACUUAGAACAACCUCUAACUAA